UCCCGCCCGGGGCGAGCCUCCGCGCGUGCCCUCGCGCUCCCCGACUCGGCCGCGGGCUGCAGGGCGCAGAGGCGGCGGCGUGUUCUGGCCGGUGAGGGGCCCUCCCUCCCGCUGCUGCUCCUCCUUCCUCGGCUCGUCGUCGUCUCCCGGCUCGGCUUCGGCAAGAUGGCGGCGCCCAGGCCGCUGCCCGUCCGGCUGUCCGGCGUCGUUAUGCCCGCGUCCAUCCAGGACCUGGAGGCUCUCCGCGCGCUGACGGCGCUCUUCAAGGAGCAGCGGAAUCGAGAGACAGCGCCCAGGACCAUCUUCCAAAGAGUGCUGGAUAUCUUGAAGAAAUCAUCUCAGGCGGUUGAGCUGGCCUGCAGGGACCCAUCCCAAGUGGACCAGCUGGCCUCCAGUCUACAGUUAAUUACAGAGUGCUUCCGGUGUCUGCGGAACGCUUGCAUCGAGUGCUCCGUGAACCAGAACUCAAUCAGGAACUUGGAUACAAUCGGCGUUGCUGUUGAUUUGAUUCUUCUGUUUCGGGAACUGCGAGUGGAACAGGAAUCCCUGCUGACAGCUUUUCGCUGUGGCCUGCAGUUUUUGGGCAAUAUUGCCUCACGGAAUGAAGAUUCCCAGUCUGUUGUCUGGUUACAUGCUUUCCCAGAACUCUUUUUGUCUUGCUUAAAUCAUCCAGACAAAAAAAUUGUUGCCUACUCUUCAAUGAUUUUGUUCACAUCCCUUAAUGCUUCAAGAAUUAAAGAACUGGAAGAAAACCUCAAUAUUGCAAUUAAUGUCAUAGAAGCUCACCAAAAGCAUCCUGAAUCAGAAUGGCCGUUCUUGGUUAUUACAGACCAUUUUCUGAAAAGCCCGGAACUGGUACAAGCCAUGUAUGCCAAAAUGAGCAAUCAAGAAAGGAUUACGCUGUUGGACAUUACGAUAGCCAAGGUCAUGGCUGACGAACCCCUGGCCCGGGAUGCAGUCCCUGUGUUUCUGAGCCACGCCCAGUUGCUGGCAAGCACCUUCGUGGACCAGUGCAAGGUUGUGCUGAAACUGACCUCUGAGCAGCAAGCUGAAGAUGAGGAGGCGCUGGUUACAAUUAGGCUCCUUGACGUCCUGUGUGAAAUGACGGCUAACAGCGACCUGCUCGGCUACCUACAGGUUUACCCCGGCCUGCUCGAGAGAGUGGUUGAUCUCUUGCGACUGGUCCGUGUGGCCGGCAUGGACAGCAUGAGCAUCUUCAGUACCUGUGGCCACAUGAAGGCGGAAGGCAGCGUCUCAAAUAUGGCCGAGGGGCUCAAGUCUCAUCUCAUUCGUCUGAUCGGAAAUAUGUGUUACAAGAACAGAGAUAACCAGGACAAAGUCAGUGAGAUGGAUGGCAUUCCUUUGAUCCUGGACAGCUGCAGCCCCGAUGACAGAAACCCCUUUCUGACCCAGUGGGUGGUGUAUGCCAUCCGGAACCUUACCGAGGACAACAGCCAAAACCAGGACCUGAUUGCCAAGAUGGAGGAGCAAGGGCUGGCCGACACUUCCCUACUUAAGAAAAUGGGGUUUGAAGUGGAAAAGCGGGGUGACAAGCUGAUUCUGAAAUCUAGUGACACCCCUCAGCCGUGAACAAACGCUCCGAAUACCUGAAUUUUUGGAAACAGUUUCAUGGAUUUUUCAUCUGCUUCGGUAUGUGAAAUUGCAAGUGUUUGAAGAUAAUAUUAAGUACAAGUUCAGGAACUCGUGAAUCUUUUAGGUAAUAGAGUGAAAUGUGUUUAAGCUUAAAAGUGAAAGUACAUAAGUAUUCUGUUGUUUCUUGGCAUUAAAAAUGUAGCUGUCUUGAAUUGCUUUGUCCCCAUGGAUACAAUGUGCAUUUCAGUCAUAUAUUGUACUUACUGUGGCAGCAAAUAAUAAACUUUUCUUGUGGAGGGCCUGUCCCUUAUUCGGCAAAGAC